UUGCCGAAAGUAUCAAAGGAUUAUGUUAUGCGAACCCGCACUUGCGAUGGAUCCCAACCGAGCGCGUCGUCUGCAGGGCCGACAUUAAAACCGUAGCCCAAAAUCAAGUUACUCUCAUUGCCGGUGGUGGAUCUGGACAUGAGCCCGGGUAUGCUGGUUUUGUGGGUGACGGUAUGCUGGCAGCGGCCGUGUGUGGCCAUGUCUUUGCAUCUCCUUCUUCCAGUCAAAUCUUGGCCGCCAUUGAACAGGCUCAAUCGCCGCAUGGCACAUUGGUGAUUGUGAUGAAUUACACGGGCGAUUGUUUGAAUUUCGGUUUGGCGGUGGAACGUGCGAAAGCGCGUGGGAUUCUCGUUGAUAUGGUGAUUGUCGGCGACGACGCGGCUAUCGGAACGAAAAGCAGAGUCGGACGUCGCGGUUUGGCUGCCACUCUUAUGGCCGUCAAGGUGGCCGGUGCGUUGGCGGCUCAGAAAGGAUCCACACUGGAACAAGUUCGUCAAGCUGCCGAAUACGUCAAUCAACAUUCUGCCACAUUGGGUGUAGCUCUUGAUCACUGCCACGUACCUGGUUCCACCACUGUACAAAAGCUGCCCGAGGACCAGAUUGAGCUGGGUAUGGGUAUCCACAAUGAGCCUGGUAUUUCCAAGCUGGGUACGUUGCCUGCAAAGGAACUCGUUCGCAAGAUGGUCACCAUGUUGACGGACCAGGAGGAUCAGGAGAGAGCCUAUUUGAAGCUAAGCCAAAACAGCCCGGUCGUUUUGAUGGUGAACAAUCUCGGCAGUAUAUCAGCCCUUGAAUUGAAUCUUGUUGUCAAAGAAGCCGUCGAAUCUGUUGUGGAAGGAACGCCUGCUAAUCUGUCAAUCGAACGUGUUCUCGCCGGCACAUUCCUCAGCAGUUUGAAUAUGCCAGGCUUCUCAAUCACCCUGUUGCGACUGCAGGAUGAUGACCAGCAGCGACAGCAGUUACUGGAUUUGCUCGACCAAAACGUGAUGGUACCCGGAUGGCCACGCACCUCAUCGGCAUUCUUACCUUUCAGCACAGAUAUCGCUAUGACAACCGUUGUUGGUGCUGACGAUAAGAAGCAAAAAGAAACAAUCGCAGCAUCUGAAGCGGAUGAGAAAGCAAAUGACCAAAAAGACAAUUCUCAGGUUCUGGAAAAUGCAAUUCAAAAUGCAGCCAAAAGCGUUAUUGAGGCUGAGCCAGAGGUUACAUCGUUUGAUACUAUUCUCGGUGAUGGUGACUGUGGUACCACCUUGAAGUCUGCGGCAACAGCCAUUACUGAGGCUCUGCCGAGGCUCCCAUUGUUUUCCGCACCUCAGACCAUGCUUGCGUUAGCUGAUAUUAUCGAGGGCACCGUCGGUGGAACGUCAUCUGCCAUUUACUGCAUUUACCUGAGCGCGCUCGGCGGUGGUUUGUCCAAGUAUGGCAGUAGCGACGUUGAACAAUGGGCCAAAGCAUCAUCUCAUGCACUCGAUGCCUUGCAGUCAUACACCGAGGCACGCGUCGGUGACCGGACUCUGAUGGAUAGUUUGAUUCCAUUUGUUCAAGUGCUCAGUGACACAGGCAGUAUGGAAGAAGCUGCAAAGGCUGCAAGAAAAGGGGCCGAGUCGACACGGACACUCGAAGCUCAUAUGGGACGAGCAUCUUACAUUGCUACACAAGACGUAAAAGAAGCCUCACUACCCGAUGCUGGAGCAUGGGGUCUUGCUGCACUUUUAGAAGGACUUUGCUCUGGACUGAAACAACAAUAAAAUAAAAGUGAUAUCAUGAAAUAAUUGUGAACAUUCCCA